AUGCGCUUCUCUCCUCUUUUCUAUGCGGCCCUUGUGGCUGCCGCUCCUGCUACUACUUCAAAUGCCCCCGAAGUCGAGAUCACCAACGUCUCUGCCAAGGCGCUUGUCAACAACACCCUCACUUUCGACUUUGACGUUAUCGACAACGCUAAUAACCAAACCACCCACUGCUACGGUGAAUGGGACGACGUCAACCGCGCCACUCCCGCGGUACCUUGUACCGUCCCUUCGUACAACGCUACAAUUUACUUCCCUCUCGGUUCUAACAUCGAGUCCUGGAUUGCUUUUAUUGGCGCCGAAGGUCGCGAAAGUCUCUAUCUUGCCAGUGUUCGCACCGGCACGCCGAACUACGUUUGCGGGCACUCAGGAUCGGAGGGGGUCCUUAGCCUAUGCUUCACUCUGCCUGGGUACAAGAUUUCCACCGUCGCUGUUUAA